GUUUUCUCUUUCUCACCCCUCUCGCGGCUAGGGUUUUAGUUUUUUUUUUCUCCUCUCCCCCCGCCCCCCGCCCCCCAUUCGGACUCCACAGCGCGGUCUCCAUGGCCAAGAGAAAGCAGCAGCCGCCGCCGCCGGCUCCCACGGCGAAGAAGGGGAGCAAGGUUGUGCCCCCACCGAAGGCUCUGCCGCUCCCAGAGGAGGACUCCGACCUCGACGUCUCCGACGCCGAGGAGCUCUCUUUGUCGGACGCUGAGGCUGACGAGCUCUCGGGCUCGGACGCAGAUGCCGACGGAGGCUCGAGCAGCGGCGACGACGUGGAGGAGGAGGAGGAGGAUGAGGAGGAGGAAGGUGAUGAAAGCGACGAUGAACCCCUUGCGGACGACUUCCUCGCUGGUAGCGACGAAGGAAGCGAUGGUGGUGACUCUGGACUGGAGUCAGAUGAGUCUGAUGACCUCGAGGCAAAGUCACGAGCAAUUGAUGAGCAGAAACUCAAGGCGGAAGAAGAUGCAGAGAAGGAACUUCAAAUCAACAUAAGAUCAGAAUCUGACGAGUUCAGAUUACCCACGGCAGAGGAGCUGGAGGAAGAGGCACACAGACCACCUAACCUACCAAAUCUCAAAAGGAGGAUAUCAGAAAUUGUUCGAGUGCUCUCAAACUUCAGCAAGCUGAGGCAGAAAGAUGUUCCGCGAAAAGAUUAUAUCAAUCAACUGAAAACUGACAUCAUGUCAUACUAUGGAUAUAAUGAUUUUCUCGUUGAAGCAUUAAUUGAGAUGUUCCCAGCUGUUGAGCUUGUUGAGUUACUGGAAGCCUUUGAGAAAAGACCGCCUGAGUGCUUGCGGACAAAUACACUAAAGACCCGGAGGAGGGAUCUUGCUGCUGCUCUUAUACCAAGAGGAUUUAAUUUGGACCCAAUAGGCAAAUGGUCAAAGGUAGGAUUAGUUGUCUAUGACUCAACCAUUUCAGCUGGUGCUACUACUGAAUAUAUGGCUGGACAUUACAUGAAACAAGGUGCAAGUUCUUUCUUACCAGUGAUGGCACUUGCUCCACAGGAGAAGGAGCGAAUUGUUGAUAUGGCUGCUGCUCCAGGCGGUAAGACUACGUACAUUGGCGCCCUUAUGAAGAAUACUGGAAUCAUCUAUGCAAAUGAGUUCAAUGAGAAAAGGUUGCAUGGACUUUUGGGAAACAUCCAUCGCAUGGGCGUGACAAAUACCAUAGUUAGUAACUAUGAUGGUAAAGAGCUACCCAAAGUUCUCGGCAUGAAUUCGGUUGACAGAGUAUUGCUGGAUGCUCCUUGCACAGGAACUGGGACCAUCUGGAAGGAUCUACAAAUCAAAACAUCAAAGGACAUUGAAGAUAUCAGGAACUGUGCCUUUGUCCAAAAGCAAUUGCUGCUAGCUGCUAUUGAUUUGGUUGAUGCCAACUCCAAAACUGGUGGUUACAUUGUUUACUCAACUUGUUCGAUAAUGAUCCCAGAGAACGAGGCAGUAAUUGACUAUGCACUUAAAAAGAGAAACGUGAAGCUUGUGCCUUGUGGGUUGGAUUUUGGGCGUCCAGGAUUCAUCCGGUACCGGGAGCAUCGGUUUCAUACUUCUUUAGAAAAAACAAGAAGAUUUUAUCCUCAUGUCAAUAACAUGGAUGGAUUUUUUGUAGCUAAGCUGAAAAAGUUGAGCAAUACAAUCCCGGUGACAUCUGAGCCGUCUAAAGCGUCUGAAGAAGCAGCUGAGAAGGCUGAUGGCGAAGAUGAGAAAGCUAUUUCUAAUGAACAAGAGACAGCUGUUCCUGGUGAAGACGAGAAAACUGUUCAGAUGAAAAAUCAGAAAAAGGCCAAGGUGACUAAUAAAAGAACAAGUGUCACCAAAGAUACUGGAGGCCAUAAACAUGAAUCUAAUAGGCCAGGAAAGCAUCUCAAGAAAAAUAAGGAUAAGGAUACCAAGGAAAUUGAUGGCCCUGAAAGCACUGAAACAAAUGGAGACAGGAAAGAGGAGCAUCGUGAACAAACCAAGCAAAGAAGCCACAAAAGGAAGUUUGCCUCUAAUAAUUCCAAAAAAGCUGGCCCUGAGAGCAAUUUGGGUGUCAAAGAGAAGAGACAGGUCAGUGACAAGAAGCCAAAAAGGAAAUUCAAGCUGAGGCGAGAAUGGGAAGCUGAAAAGAAAAAAGAUGCCAAGAGGAGGAAGAUAUGAAGUGAGUAUUCAGAUGUCCACAAACCCCAAUGAAAUUUGAUGCGCUGUACAAGGGCAACAGAAAAUUUUGAGCAAUCAUGAGGUUGCAGCCAGGGAAAAUUUUUGAUGUAUGAAAUAGCGAUUGUAUUUUUGAUUCGAUGUACGUGUAGGCAUCUCAAGUUUUAUCUUUAACGAGUGACAUCUGGCAGAGAAACUGAAGCAAAUUAUCUUGAUGAAUGCUAUGUGAAUUCUGCUGCUUGAAUAUGUCAUAUAAAGCGGAAAAUUUGGUUUCUA